CCAGUGUCAGCAUACAUAAAAGCACCGCAAUCCACAAACUUACGAGCACACUAGUAUCGCCAUCAUGAGCAGCAUCAGUAAACAGCCGCCUCUUGGCGAGGCCCUUGAGUUGGAGCUGCGCAUUAGCGAAGACUCGCCCAUCGAGCAGACACCGCAGCCCCGAUGGAUGCGUGACUCGCGCCAUCACCACCGACGGUUCACUUGGCGGUCCAUCCUCUUUGGCGCCUUCUGUCUUUACGCCCUCUACUGCUUCAUUCGGGGCUCACCGCUCUUUGCUUCUCCGCUGCCAUCCUAUACAGGCCCUUACGGGGUCGGCGCCGUCGAUCUAGAAGUACCUCUCAGCGGCGGGCCUGAACGUGUCGUCGACGCUGCCGUCAAGAGCACCGGACAGCCGGCCUUUGAAGUCGAGACACUCCUGGCCACUGUUUACUACCCGACCGACCGCCACUUCCGCUCCCGCAAGCCCCGGUACCCAUGGAUCCCACGCCCCAUCAGCCUCACGGCCCAGGGAUACGCCCGUGUCGCCGGUGUCGAGAAUUUCCUCACUCGGCCCAUCUUCACCUUUGGCCUGUGGGCUGUGGGGGGCGCCGUCAGUAUCCCCGCGGAGGUGGACGCUCCGCUCCUCAACGGCGAAAAAGGCCUCGAGGCUUUCCCGGUGACUGUCUUCUCACACGGCGAUGUCAGCUCGCGCACCGACUAUACCAACUUCCUGGGGGAACUCGCUAGCCGCGGACAUGUCGCCUUGGCCAUUGAACACCGCGACGGCAGCGGGCCCGGCUCCAUCGUCAAGACCUCCGCCGGCUCCCCGGGCCGCCAAGUCCUCCCUCUCCGCCCCUCCGAUAUAGACCUCGACCUGGACAGGGACGCCUUCAAACGCGCGCAGCUCGCUUUCCGCGACGUCGAGUUCCACGCCGCCGUCGACCUGCUCCACGCCAUCACCAACGGCACCCCGAUCCCCAACACCCGCGACCCCAUCACCACCCUCCCCUCCUGGGCCGGCCGUCUCAAUACCACCCUCCUCACCCUAGCCGGCCACUCCUUCGGCGCCACGGGCGCCCUCCAAGCCCUCACCACUCUCUCCUCCUCCCCAGCCGCCGGGCUGAUCCUCGACCCCGGUAAAUCCAGCGGCCCGCUCAACCCCAACGCGACCGUCCCCAUCCUAGUCGUGCACUCCAACUCCUGGUCCCGCACCGUCAGCCCCUUCUACAACCGGCCGCACUUCGACACGGUCCGCGACCUCGUCCGCGCCAUCCCCGCCCCGUCCUGGUUCCUGACCAGCAUCGGCACGGCACACCCCAGCGUCACCGACGCGCCGCUCCUCGAACCAUUGCUGCUCAGCUGGACGACCGGCGCGAAUCUCGACACCAAGGAGGCCCUGCGCGAAUAUGUCCGAGUUGCCGACGACUUCUCGCUUUUUGUAAGAGGCGGCGACGAACGUGGCAUUCUGGUCCAGAAAACUACCCAUCAGCUGUAUGGUGAGUGGGUGAGUGAGGAGCGAGAAGAAGAAUUCCCGCGUGACUUGGCGAGACUCUGGGAGGUGCAUGUUACUCCUGAGGAUCAGACGAGGCCGAUGGGUCGUCCUGUAGAGUUGUAGUUGGUCCUGUAGAGCAUAUAUAUAUUCAUAAAUCGAUAUAUAUAUCACCUGUUUUCAGCAAUGCGGAAAAGAGCAUAGAGACUGGCAUUCAGCAUUUCGAACAGCACCUUUAGGUCAUCCAGCAAGUAUCAGAGAGGGUUCUUGUCGGCGGGUUGGUGCCUGAGCUUCACGCCUGCCCGUGACUUCCUCCGCGCGUCUCGCAACCACUUCUUUCUUUCGCUCUCUUCCUUUCUUCCUCUCUUUCUCUCCUCCUGUCUUCAGACUAGCUAGCCACCAAUGGUACUGGAUUCGUUCUCUCUGGGUUCGAUCCUCCACUUUGGUUAGUGCCAUUGUAUUGGUUGGAACUUAAGGAGGGCUUGGCCCGGCGGUGGCCUAGGACUCAGCCGUUUCUGUUAGGGGACCGACUCGAGCUGAGCUUGUAGUGUCGUAGAGCAACUAUGAGAUUAUUGGGGUUCU